GAGGGGCGGUCGGGAUGCGCGGGGACCGGCGCCUGGGGCGGGCUGCGCGCCGGUCGGCAGGAUGAGCCGGUUCCUGAAUGUGCUGCGCAGCUGGCUGGUGAUGGUGUCGGUCGUCGCCGCCGGGAACACUCUGCAGAGCUUCCGCGACCACAGCUUCGUCUCGGAGAAGCUGUACACCGCCAGCCCCGGCCUCGUGAACGGGCUCCAGGCUCGGACCUUUGGCGUCUGGACACUGCUGUCAUCGGUGAUCCGCUGCCUCUGCGCCAUUGACAUCCACAAUCGGACGUUUCUCUAUUAUGGGGAUGUUGAUUGGGCUGCAGUACCUGGAGGUAGAAGCAUUGUCACAAAAGAAGAAAAACUGAAGCUGAGGGCCCUGUGUAGGACAGAGUUGUCUCUUCUCUUCACUGCCAAACUUCCACUAAAGCUUGGAUGAACUUCACCAGGACACCAGCCCCCGUGAUGGAUCAACGUUGGACUCUGUUAAUCAUUCUUCAUUACCAAGUAUUUUUUCUUGUCCAAUGUUCCAACUGAAUGAUGUCAAAGACCGGGUCCCAGAGCAGUUUGUGUCAAAUCUUGUAUGGGUCAGUUUGUGACUGCCUACCCAGAGGAGAGUAGAUGAUGUCUUAGGCAUGCCCAGGACUUCCCUGCCAUUGUACCUGUGGGGAGAUGUAGAGCUACCCAGGAUCCACUGGACACUUUGAACCAGAGAGAACAUGUGCUGCCCCUGUAACUUGCAUGUGUGUGUUCCUCAGGGGCCAUUUCUAAUAAAUGACAGAAAAACCA